AUGAUUAAUAAUGUCUUUUAUGUGAUCUUAGUAUUUUCAUUUUUUUUGUUAAUAAUUAAGUGUGAAUAUAUUAAGAAUGAGCAGCAGGAAGUAGUGUUCGAAACGGACCUCCCCGAGGGGGGUGGACACUACGAGGAGAAGACUUCAAGUUUAGAGGACAACGACACCAGUGAUGUAAAGUUAGGAUCCGACGCUGCGGGGGGCGAUGUGGACGUGCAGCUGCAGGUAGAUGUACUCAUAGGGGAGGAGCAGACAGUGGAGAAGGGCGAGGGGGGAGCUGAGGCAGGUGUCGCCCUCUCUGUGGAAGGAUCCGUACAGAGCAGCAUGGCCACGGAGAAUGAACCCAAGGUAGAUGGCCACGUCGGCGUGGAAGAGGUAUCUGAUAGUAACACCACCAGUGGCAGCAGUGUCGAACAAAAUGGAGAAUCGGCUCCAGGUAACAUUGAGGACAUGGAAGAAUCCACUGUGAACGACAUGGUCAAUGAGGGUGAACCAAAGGGAGAUAGUGACGUUGGCGUAGAAGAAGCUGCCUCAAGUGAUGUCCUCAAAGAAACUGAAUCGGAGUCUGACGACGCCAACGUGGUAGAACUUAUCGCUAAGGACACUUCCAAGGGGGAUGAAGUGAAGGCAGACAGCCACGUCGUGGAGGAGCAGGAGGAAACCACGCAUAGUAACGAUGUCACUGUGGAGAACACCACCAACGAGAACGAAUCCAAGUUACAUAGCACCGCCUUCAUGGAGGAGGAAGCUUCUAGUAAUAUGGCCAAGGAGAGUGAACCCAACGCAGAUGGUAUCGACCUUAUGGAAGAGAAAGAAGACACUAACGCUGUUGAAGAGAGUGAACACAUUGCAGAUACCACCGCCUUCGUAGAAGAGGUCGCUUCUACCAUCAAUCUCAAACAGAAUGAAUCGGAGUCAGAUGGCGUUGUCACCGUGGAAGAAUCCACAGCUGAUGACGUCGUUAAGGAGAAUGAUCCCGUUGAGGAUAAUGUCGUCUCCAUGGAACAGGAAGCUGUUAGUCAUACAGCCGAGGACAGUGAACCAGAGACAGAUAGUGCCAGCCCCAUGGAACAGGAAGCUUCUAGUAACAUUGCUGCGGAGAAUGAUCUCGUUGCGGAUAGCGCAGUCGUGGAAGAGGCAACUCCUAGUGACGCCAUCGAGGAGAUUGAAUCUAAGCCAGAUAGUGUAAUCGCCAUGGAAGAGGAAGCUGUUAGUCAUGCCUCUGAGGAAAGUGAAUCCCAGGAAGAUAGCUCCACGGUCAUAGAAGAACCCGUUGAACAUGACGCCACCAAGGAAAGCGAACCCCAGGUAGAGAGCACCACGUUAACAGAACCUAUUGAAAAUGACGCCACCCAGGGGGAUGACUCCAUUGUGAGUAGUCCCGUUGAGGAGGGUGAAUCGAACCAAGAUGCGAUUGCCAUAGAGGAAGAGGAUGCUGUUGGAAGCAGCGUUGAAGAGAGUGAGCCCCAGACAGAUCAUGUCGCCACAGAGGAAGAGUCCAGUAUGAGCAGUCCCGCUACGGAGGACGAACCGAACGAAGACGACAUUGCCACUGUGAAGGAAGAGGCCGCUCCGGCUGAAACCAUUCCAGGUGGUGAUUUGCCCCCUGAGAGCAGCUCCGCAGGCGAGAGAAAGCACUUCCUGGUGGAGUUCCAGGAGAGAUUAAACCAGUACGAUGACGCGAUUGACGAAAUCAUACUAAGAAGCCUACACAGAAAGAAUUAUAAUUACUUUCACAUGUUAGAAGAGUAUGCACUGAAAACAAAAAUGAGUGCAGACAUGUACACGGGGAUGCGAUAUAUAAUAAAAGUGAUCAGCGGAACGAUCGUAGUAACUCCUUCAUACAACGAGAAGAAAAAGUUCUUUAAUUACGAAAUUGAAGAAAGUACAUUUAAGCGUCAUUUCGUAACGUCUCUUUUCAGAUGGUACACAAAUUUUAAGCUAGUAGAAUCACAUUUCGACAAGGCAAAUUACGUGUACUAUUUAGCUCAUGGUGAUGAUGAUAAACGUGUGUACUCUUAUAGGUAUACCUACAGACUUAUAUUGAAUUUACUAAGUUCAGAAACCUUUUCAUUUUAUAUAGACCUAAAUAAAUUUUCCUUGUUAGAUAUACUAGACAAUUAUAAUAAGUACAAUUUUAAGCUAAACAACACCACCAGGUACUACCCAUUUCACAUGUACAGCUGCAAAGCCUUCAAUGAUUUCGUGGUCGAUUAUUUCGAGUUUUAUAAUCACCGCUACUUUGAGAAGCACAAACAUUUGAUUGCUGAGGAGGCCUACAAUAAUGGAAUAAAGAAGAAUGACAAUAAGUUGUUUACAAUGUUGAAAAGGCUGAACCCGAACUUUGUUUUGUAUCCAUUUGUGAAGGAGAGCACUUGUUCUUCUUCUUCUUCGCCCCCUUUGGUGGAAAAUUACCUCGAUGCAGAAAUUGAUCUGAUUUUUUCCAUUUUUAAGGAAUUUUUUAUAAACCUGCUGAAUGACCUCUACAAUGAGUACUACAACGAUGGAGUGAAGAGCGCCAAGAGGAAGGCAUCCCAGAUGGAGUUCAGUUCAGGUGUCGGUGACGCCUCUGUGGAGGGAUCACAUAAAGAGGAUGAGUUGAAGGAGGAGUGGAAAGACAUGCCACCUACUCAAGACGCUUCAUCUGCGGAAUCGAGCGGUCCGGCGGAAGUUGCUGCGGGACAAGCUAGUGAAACUGUCGGCGUGAAGGAAGACACCGUAGGAAAGGUGCAGGGAGGAGAGUCCAUCACGGACAAACCGGAUGCAAAAGAACCCGUCGCUGCCCCACAAGACGAUCUAAUAGACAACGACAUAUGGAAAGACCUACUGGAAUCGUAUAAGGAAGCCCCCAAAGCAGAAGAUCUGAAGGAAUACAACCAAUAUAUUUUGAAAAAUCUCAACACCAUUUUAAAGCACUCUGCACAAAAGAGAAAGCAGGAAAUGGAAGAUUAUAAAAAUAAUUAUGAGUUGAAGGAUGGGUUCAUUCUUAACAUCCGUACGGCCAGACAUACGCCCCUUUUAUUCAACCCAUCGAAGGACAUCUACUUGUACCUUAACCAGAUAAGCAGUAAGAAGCAGGUGAAUUUUAAAAAUAUAUACGAUAAUUUAAUUACCAUUAUUAAAUAUAAAGAGGGUAGUAAUUUCUACGACAAUUUAUUGCAGAGCAGGAGGAUAGCGGGGGGGCUGUGGCGAGGGGAGGAGUCUCCAGGUGUGGAAGUGAAGGGAGCAGCUAGUCCAUCUGUCAAACGGAUCAUCGAGCGGGUAGUCGUCGACGAGGAUUUGCCCAGCGAGAUCAACUCAAACGACUUGAAUGCAUUUUUGCUAUUCAUUGAGCGGGGUGAGGCGGCUGCGAGUGGAGCCGCUACCGGUGGAGCGGCUGUCGGUGGAGCGACUACCCCUGGGACGUAUCCAACUCGCCGAGGCGUGCACUCCUUCUACCGAAAUGUAAACUUGAGCGAGUUCACCCCCGCGGCGAUCACCACAAAGGACCAACUCCAUGACCAGCUGAAAUUGUUAAGGAAAAAGUACACGGAGAAGCUAAAAAACGAAGCAAUGUGCGUCCUGGCCUUCCUCUACCUAGUAGGAAUAAACGACAACGGGGGAAAGUUACAACUACCCUAUGGGUUCCCUCGAAAUAUUGAUUACUCCGUUAAGCUCAUAAGAAGGGGAAAAGAUGGUCUGUGUAAUUUUUUAAGUGGUAUACUCUACCAUUUAAACCUGCCAAUAUUUGUAAAUAAUUCCUCCAUAUCCAUAACCACUGAAAUGAGUGAAGACAUAAUGAAUGCAAGUGACAAUUCUCUUAAUAGCUUUUUUUAUAUAUACUACAGAAAUAAUGGGACCAUAAGAAACCACGAUUUUUUAUCCAAUGAAAAUAGAAUAAUACCCAGUUCAGUAGAUAAUAUCAAGUCAAAAAUUGUGUCUUAUUCUUUGGGUUCUACUAAAGAUGAUUUUUAUAGCAAGCUGGCCUUCACAAAUAAUAUGAUUAGACUCAAAUAUAAAAACAAAGACAGUAAUAUAUUUUUGAAGGACUAUUUUGAUUUUACCUUUGACAAAAAGAUUUACAAAAAUUCGGUAAUUAAAAAUAAUAUAUCUCCUUUUCUAAGUUCAUGUGAUUAUUUGUUAAGUAAUAUCCUGGGGGCAGUUGUGGAUUCUUUAAAAAAUACCUCUGCUAUUGAAAGUGGGGUGUAUGAAGAAAACAUCAGUGAGAAGAAUAGACAUUUGAUUCACAACACGGUAGAUUAUAAUAAAAGUUUGUUUGAGUAUUUUUUAAAGUUAGCUGAUAGUAGAAAUUCUUACGCCCUUGCAGCUCUGGGGGAAAUUUACUACUUAGGAAAUGAAAGCAUAGGUAUUGAACGAGAUGAAAUGAAAGCUUUUGAGUUUUGGAAGAAAGCCGCAGACCAGGGAGAUACUACCUCUGCUUUGUCCACUGGGUAUGCUUACCUAGAUGAGUAUAAGAAACAUGUGAGGAAGGAGGAAAUUAUUAAAACGAUGAGUAAAGACGACUUGCUCAAUAUGAUUAAGGAGGAAAAGGGUGCUAGUAGUAGUAGUAGUAGUAGUAGUAGUAGUAGUGGUAGUGGCGAUAGCGGUAGCGGUGCGGGGGAAGGGGGGAAAAAUGACAGCGAGGGGAAGGAGGCCAAUGGGGGCAGUUACUUCGCUUUCACAUCCGGGGCAGCAACUGCGGGGAUGCACACUUCAGUAGUGCAACCUUCCGGACAACAAAAUGAAAUGGGCUCUGCUCAGGAUGGGGAUUCUCCACUUGGGACCCCUAAUCAUAUGGGCGCUUCCGGCGCAGCAGCGGCAUUUUCCAACCCCUUGUAUGGCGAUGGGCAAGCCCCUCCAUCCGCUCAAUCCACGCCAAACACAUCAAGCGGUUACGCGGCUGGCCAAGCGGGCAUACCCUUUUGGAUGGGCGAACAGAUGCAAGAUAGAGCAGAGAAUAGGGAUAAUGCAUCGACUAACCAAAGCGACGACAUUAUUAAAAAGUACAUGCAGGAGCUUAGUGAGGAGAGAAACAAAGCAUUCAAAAAUGCAGAGCAGUACUUCCAGAAGGCCAUUCGAAAUAACGAAGAGAGUAUAGAAUAUAUUUUGGCCAAGUAUAACAUAUACAAGUUUGGAUUAGGCACAGAAAAGAAUCUAGAGCUAGCUGGAGAGUAUUUAAAAAAGGCGGCAGAUAAAGGAGAUAAUAUUUCACAAAUGAUGUUGGGCCAUUACUACUCGGGGACAGACAUAGGAGUUAAAAUAAAAGACUAUGAUGAGAAAAACAAAAACGAGAAUUUAAAAAAAUCCUAUAAGUACUAUAGCAUGUCUGCAAAAAAUGGAAAUAUAAUUUCGCUAUACAAUAAGAGCAUCUUAAUUCUUAAAGGAGUGAAUCCCAAUUUGAAGACUUUCAAUGAAAAGUGUGAGAAAACGUUGAAGAAGUUUCACUUCAUUGGACUCUUUAAUGAGCGCUUGUAUGUCUUGACCAAGUUGUUGAAGAGAAACUACGACUUUAGGGACUACACGGGGUCGCUGCUCGUGUCAGUUAUUCUGUCCGAGCUGGGCGAUCACCCCAACAAUGUGAAUGCGUCCAUGCUGUGGGACUUGAAGCGAAAAACCAUGCAGACAUUCACGGAGAAGUAUAACAUGGUGGAGGGCGUUUUGGCGAACCUCCUCCAGAAGGCCAUCAAGGAGGAGGGUGCCGCUGGCACUCCCAUAAAGGGCGGCCAGGGUAGCCGCGCGGGCAGUGUGCGCAACAACCGCGUAGCCAACCCAGUGGAUAGAAUAAUCCACAGAUUGUACAAGAAGGGAAAGGGGGGAAAGUAUUCCCUGCAGAAGAAAUAUAAACUAAGCGGAGACUCAAUUUUGAAAACUUGUGCCAUGGUAACAUGCAGCACAAUUGAGAGGAACAACGUCCUUUUUAACAUGAGGUUUUGUCACUACUUGAGAGACGAGUUGUUACACCGAAGAAGGGGGGCCAAUACAGGAGGGAAAAGCAGCGGGAUUAGGAAGACCCACCGAAACGUCUACCAUUACCAUGUGCGCGAGCUGCGCCAAGCUCACAAACAAAUUGAUCUGUUCGAAAAGUAUGAUCAGAUCGUAAAGAGUGAAAUUGAAAAAGGUGUAACUCCCCGAGAGAAAAUACAAAGAGCUGAAAGAAUGAAGGGGACCAUUCUGGAGCACUUCCGAACUAGUGAAUUCCUACACUGUUAUUAUAAACCCAUUUCUUAUUAUCAAAUAAAGUUAGAAGAAGAGAAAAAGCAAAGUAUGAAAUGGAAUGCUCAACAGGAAAUGAGUAAUGUUGUAGGGAACAGUAGCAGCUACUUUGGGUACACUCCUGGAAAAGACAAAAGUCAACAAGUGACAGAUUUGUAUGAAGCAGAAUUCUCAAGAUAUUCUCCCCUCCUAGAAGGGGAAGACCUGAAAGAAAUUUUUUAUUACAAAAAUACUUAUUCGUCGAGCAUGUUUGAGGAAAUUCAGAGCUUUUCAAAAAACUGCGACAUCUGCAAGCAGUACUACGACAUAUAUUCAGCCUACUAUGGUUAUAAAAAAUCCACCAUCGAUUUGAUUAAAAAGUAUAGAGAUGGGGAUGAGUACACAAUAAAGAGUAAGAGAAAGGAGCUGCAAUUUUUAAUUAGGAACUCUGAUGAAGAAGACCAUGAGCCUUUGUAUUACAAGGCGUUGUUUUUGGAGUACAAUAACUUGGAGAGCUUGAAAAAUAUUUUACACAUUUAUUUGAAACUAGCCACGGACAAUCAUAAUGCUUGCAAUGUGCUGGGUGUUCUGGGCAUUUUUAAAAUUUUUUUCAAGAAGGUCUUCUUCGAUGUCAGUGACUUCUUGGGGGACAAGACGGCGCAGCUUGUUAGUGCCGUCCGCGAGCAGAUCGCCGUUAGUGGGAUCAAUACCCUUAACUGGAGUAAAGCAGGGCGCAGUGACGAGAGCCGCGCAAUAGACGAGCGUGAAAAACGUGACGAACGUAACGAACAUGACGAACGUGAAAGACGUGGAAAACGUGGCAUUGUUGCCCCCGAGCCACCAGCCAACUCACUCAAAAAAUACAUUUUCACCGACAUGAAUUCCUGCGCGCUGCAAAACAACUUCCUCUUCAAGUCCGAGUUCAACAACAGGUGCCUAAAUUUCGACCAUUUUCUGAGCAGCAACCGCGCGUAUUCGCAGAUCAGCUACCAGGACUUUUUCAAGCUCUUCUACACCGUCGUGACGUCUUUUUUUAAAGUAGCAUAG